UCCCGUGGGAAUGGCGGCUGCUGCUGCUGUGGCAACAGGCAAGAAGCGGAAACGCCCUCACGUGUUUGAGUCUAAUCCGUCUAUCCGGAAGAGACAGCAAACGCGUUUGCUUCGGAAACUUCGAGCUACACUAGAUGAGUAUACUACAAGAGUGGGACAGCAAGCUAUUGUCCUCUGUAUCUCACCCUCCAAACCCAACCCUGUCUUCAAAGUGUUUGGUGCCGCACCUUUGGAGAACGUGGUGCGUAAGUACAAGAGCAUGAUCCUGGAAGACCUGGAGUCGGCCCUGGCAGAACACGCCCCUGUGCCACAAGAGGUUAACUCAGAGCUACCGCCUCUCACCAUCGAUGGAAUUCCAGUCUCUGUGGACAAAAUGACCCAGGCUCAGCUUCGGGCAUUUAUUCCAGAGAUGCUCAAGUACUCCACAGGUCGAGGAAAACCAGGCUGGGGCAAAGAGAGCUGUAAGCCCAUCUGGUGGCCUGAAGAUAUCCCCUGGGCCAAUGUCCGGAGUGAUGUCCGCACAGAGGAGCAAAAGCAGAGGGUUUCAUGGACUCAGGCACUACGGACCAUAGUUAAAAACUGUUAUAAACAGCACGGGAGGGAGGACCUUUUAUAUGCCUUUGAAGACCAGCAAACACAAACACAAGCCACAACCACACACAGUAUAGCCCAUCUUGUGCCAUCACAGACUGUAGUCCAGACCUUUAGUAACCCUGAUGGCACUGUCUCGCUCAUCCAGGUUGGUACAGGGGCAACAGUAGCCACAUUGGCUGAUGCUUCAGAGUUGCCAACCACAGUCACUGUUGCCCAAGUCAAUUAUUCUGCUGUGGCUGAUGGAGAGGUGGAACAAAAUUGGGCCACGUUACAGGGAGGUGAAAUGACCAUCCAGACAACGCAAGCGUCAGAAGCUACCCAGGCAGUGGCGUCGCUGGCAGAGGCUGCAGUGGCAGCGUCUCAGGAGAUGCAACAAGGAGCUACAGUCACCAUGGCUCUCAACAGUGAAGCUGCCGCCCAUGCUGUCGCCACCCUGGCCGAGGCCACCUUGCAGGGCGGGGGACAAAUCGUCCUGUCUGGGGAAACCGCAGCAGCCGUCGGAGCACUUACUGGAGUCCAGGAUGCUAAUGGACUGGUCCAGAUCCCUGUGAGCAUGUACCAGACUGUGGUGACCAGCCUCGCCCAGGGCAAUGGGCCAGUGCAGGUGGCCAUGGCCCCUGUGACCACCAGGAUAUCGGACAGCACAGUCACCGUGGACGGCCAAGCUGUGGAAGUGGUAACAUUGGAACAGUGACAUGCAGCCAUAUCAUGGCACCGUUUUCUAGUCUACUUCAAGAUUUUUUACACGUUUGCAGAGGUGCAAUCAAAUGGAAUUAAGUCUCUUGACUUUGGAAGAAAAGUUUUGUUAACCUUUUUUUUUAAAGGAAGAAAGGCAGCAGAUUUUGGGAUUGCAUUUUUUAAAGCACCACUCUUGAUUUUCUGGGAUCGGUGGAAUGAGAUACUACGUUGUCAAUUUCACUGUCCUGAAAAAGCCAAAUUGUGGCAGGACUUCUUUCUGCGGAAACGUGUGUAUACUUACGUGUGUGUAUGUGUGAGUGUGAAUAUAUGUAUAUGUGUACAUAUGGAUAUACACAUUUACACAUUUACAUAUAUAAAGUAUAUAUAUAUAUGUGUAUAUAUAUAUAUAUAUAUAUAUGAAACCCGCAUGGAAUUAUCUUUAUGAAAUCAAGGUGAGCUGUGGAAAAAAUAAUUCACCCAGUUUAGUGGGUGUAGGGUACGUGGCCAGACACAGUCACCCGGUUUUUGUUCAUACCAGGGUCAUGCGUUGAGCUACUGACAAACUCAGGCGGAGGUUACCAUGCCCUUCACCAAAGCUGCCUCCCAGUGGCCACCUAGAAGUCUCCCAGAUAGACUCACCUGAGGAGGUUCCAGAACCGGGUGGGGUCCAGAAAUUGUACUUGCAAGGUCCAAGGCCCUCUGGGUCCAGCAGCUGAGCCGCUCAGGGCUGGCCCAAGUGCUGACCUUGCCACAUCCGGUGAAUGUCCUUAAAGCUCCAGGCUAGGUGGACUAGAGGGUUUCCCUUGGCCUCCUCUUCCUCCCCUCCCCAGGAAACCUUCUUGAUCUCCUGACUGUUAAGAUGUUGCUUUGGUUUUAAGGUCAGUCCUGAAUCAGUCAUACAUAUGAACUGAAGGUAACAGAAGUAUUAAGGGUUCAAGGAGUGUGUGCGUGUUAAGUGUGCUUGUGGGUGUGUGUGGGGGGUGGGAGGGCCUGAGAGAAUGGGAAGGGGUGGGAGGGGUUGGUAGGGGAAAGGAAGGAGGGAGAGGGCUUAAGGCCAGGGUACACCGGUGGGAGUGUUUUUCUCCUUCCCGGUACUUCCUGUCGCUCAGCAGAAGAGCUGGGGCCCUGGCCGAGGAAGGCUGGGCUAUAGCUGGGGUGUGAGAAAAGGAAGGAAUGGAAGGUUUUCCUGCACCCCCGGGUCAGACCCUGUUUCUGAAGGACCUUGGCGUCAGUGUCCUGCCUGGCCCAGGCCUGGAACAGCCUCCUGCCCUGGCGUGGAUUGGUCUGGAUGUUCUUUGUGACACUGCGUCUGUGAUUUCUCGGCUGUAAGCCCUGGGUUCCCAGUGCUACAUUCACCCGACUCGACAGGCCAAAUCUCUGCUCCUUGAGUACAGGGACAACUCUUCCUCCCUCCCCCGGCCCUCUGUGUGAUAGUGUAUUUAAUGCGUUUUUUUAAUGCGACAUUAAAAGAUUCUUCAUGUCUUGCUCAGCUUUUGAGAAAAGUUUCAGAUUCUUGUAUUUGCUUGUUUUAUAUAAAACUAUCCAAUGUUCUUUGUAUGUUUUUUUUUCUGUACGUAAUGGGGGGGGG